CCCAACACAAAUAUACUCAAAGGAAAGCCCGACGAAAACAAGGAAGUAACGAGCAAGAAAGACGAGGAACUUUGAGUAACCCUAAUAUUUAUUGUCAAAUAAACGCAGAAUUCGGUCUGUUGAAAUUCUCAUCCCCUAGUAUAUUUUAUCUACAGUGAAGAACAAUGAACAACAAAGGUUCAUAUCCACAACAAGCUGUUUACCCUCAGCAGAGCACAGCAUCCGUUUACCCGCCUGCUAUGCAAGUUCCUGCUCAGGUGUCUCCAUAUCCAGAUGCCCCUCCCCCAUACUCUGAGGUUUACCAGCCCAGGUAUAUGGCUCCUCCCCCAGCCCCUGGACAGAUGGCCCAAAUGACCUCAGCAUACCCUGGUACUCAGAUGUACAUGCCCAUGCAUGCUCAGUCUGUGCCAAUGGGAGCCAUGGCCUCCGGUGUCCCAAUGGCUUAUUAUCAAAUGGGACCCAUGUACCCUCCUGGCUCUACCGUCAUGAUGGAAGGUGGAUUUGAUGCUGGAGCUCGCUUCGGGCCUGGCGCCAGUGCUUCCAUUCCUCCUCCACCUCCUGGUCACCUCCCUAACGCUGCUCAGAUGGCGGCCAUGCAAGGUGCAAAUGUCGUGAUGACACAACGCAAGGGCAACUUUUUCAUGGGCGGCUCCAACGGCGGUUACACCAUCUGGUAACAGUAAACAUCACCCUGGGCCUGGACCGAAGCCCUCCUUUCCCUCUCCCUGGUUCCCUUUACCUGUUCUCCCACGCCUGCCUCCCUUGGGGCUGCUUGGCUAAGCCACAAUACUGAUUUAAUCUAAUGGAAUGUAAUAUUUUAGAGCCCCUUACUCAAGGUACAAUACUCCGCUGUUGAUAUAAUUGUGUCAAAGCGCAGUUAUUGCGUAUUCACGAUAAACCGCUUUCAAAAGUGCAUGAUAUUUGUAAGAUUGUAAGAACUUCUAGUGAUCAUAUAUGUCAUUAAUCAUAAUUAUUGGUUGGCUAAGACAACUUUUAAGGUGAAAACCAGGUCAUUUUUACCUUUAUUGCCACUGACGUACCUCUUACAACUUCAUUUUUAUAGUACAUUUUCUAGUUUUUGGUUGUUUUCUUGAGCCGGAGAUCAUGCCAAGAGAACCACCAAGCCGGUUUUAUCAUCCGUGUAAAGUAGCUAUGCACUUGAAACGUUCUCUUUGAGUAGUACGCUUAUCUAAGCCUUUCAUUCCUAUCAUUAUUAAGGUCUUGUCAGAUUUGUCAAAUGUGGAUGUAGGCGCUCGAAAUUAAAGAGAAAGCGUGUUUACAAAUUCAAACAGCGGUGGCGUAUUGUACCUUUGGGCAAGCGUAUAUAAAUAUUAUCAGGUGCCAAAACUGCACCAUUAUUUAAAAAUAAAGGAAUUUACAUAAGAAUGAACCUAAAUGCAGUAAAAGAGAGAGCGAACAAGACAAACAAAAGUCGGACUUUCUUUUUUUUUUUCCGAAUAUUUUCCCUCCUAUGUCGGAUACCCAGAGCUGUACAUAUAGCCGUUUAGAGUGUGUUUUGUGUGUUCCAGCUCUAUGUGCUUCUUCACAAACCUCUUUAGCAAUUUCCACAAAGGUAAAGUUGUUUACAAUGGUCAGGGCUUAAUCAAGAGACGAUUUAUUUUCAGUAUUUAAAAUUGUUUGGCACAUCAAGCAUUUUGUUUGUUUGUGGGGAGCUGCUUGUACCAAAGAUCUGGACUAGAAUGCACUAAAAGCUUUUUGCUUUUUGUAAGUCUUCUUCUGUCAAAGUACAUCUGCACUCAGAUUCAUACUGAAAUAAGUAAACAUAUCAUAUUUAGAUGACGGUGACUGCUUUGCCGGUGUCACGCACCAGGUAGAGCACACCACUGCUGUGACUGCAUUUUGUAGGGGGGUUGUGUUGAAAAAUAUAUACAUGUUUCCUAGUUGCAUCUUGAUGUUUCUGCAUGCACUUUUCAGUCAUUUUGUUCUUAAUAAAAAGUUAUUGUUAACAUUUUUUAGAAGUACUACAAGAUUAAUUUAUGUGCACUGUCAACCAAUUCUGAACUGUUUGUGCCGAUUUCUUUUGUACAUAUGCUUUUAGAUACGAAAACAGCAUCAGGUACACUUGUUGCCGCAUUGAUGAUUUUUCGAAGCAGCACGGUAAUACGUAGUAGCAUACACAACGGCUUGUGUUCGGGUGUUGAUUUGUUAAUGUUUCACAAGGGAUUACAGUUUUCAUCACAUCUGUAACGUGACUUAAAAUGUUUUUCCUGACAUGAAAGGAAAACCUCACCGAGUUACACCAGCAGUUGUCUCCACCACUUUUUGCUCUUGUAAUUUAUUUAAUUGCUAAAUCCUCAUUUCUACUCCCAGCAGUGCUGGAAUGCUCUUCAAAAGUCUGCUUGACACUACAAUUCUGUAGCAGUUACCUGUAUUAUAUGUGACUGUAAUUUAAAGUGCUGCUUUUUUUGCUAGAUAAUGGAGGUGAAAUGCUUAAAAAUGCUCACUUGAGUUUAUUCUCCAUACAUUCACUGGUAUUUUUUUGCCAUUUUGUCGUAUAUAUUUUCUGAUUGGUUAAAAAAAAAAUGAAACAAAAAAAAAAAUAGGGAAUUUCAUGAUAGCUUGGCAAAUGGGGCUACUUUUUAGGCUUUAUGUGUAUCAGGUGCAUCACUGGGUAUCCGACACUAUAGUUCUAAAGGCUUUGCCCAUCUGAAUAAAAAAAACAUUAAGGUAGAUUUUCUAUCUGCAAAUAAAGAAAAAAAGCAAAAAAUUCUGAUGUCUUUUUAAAAAAAACAUGCCAAGUAUGCUGGCAUUGCCUUAGCACCAUUUAUAUAAUUUUCCGUGACUUCUCAUGUUGGUUAUUUGAGUUUGAAACUUCUGACCUGGUUAUUCCUAACCUGACUUUUUAUUACGUAUUCAAAUCCCAUUUCAUUUAUUUUUACUUUGCUAUGAAAAUAACUCAAGGCAAAAAAAAAAAACAUGAGGGCAAAGUCUUCAGAACUCUUAUCUGUUUCAAUUUUAGCGCAGCAUUUUAUCUUGGCAUGUGCCACCGUGUGUUUGUGUAUGCAAUGUAGCGGAUACACUGCUUAUCUUGAGCCUCAAUACCAUGACAGUCACGGAUGGUAUACGUGUUUGUGGGCACUACAGUUCAGGGAACCCUUUUAAUUUUUUUUUUCUAUAUAUAUAAUAUAAAAUAAUUGUGAUGGGUUAUAAUGGAUGCAUACUGCAGCAUCAUGGAACCGAGGUCCUUCCUAGUUUGCUACAUGACAAAAUGAUCUCCAGUGAAUAAUGUGGUGCACUUAACUUUUUUUAUACUAAACCUUAAGUAUAAAACAAAAUUUAGAAUAAAAGCUAUUUUGAAUUUUGAA